UCAGGCAAAUCAAUCGGGCUGAGCCUCAAAGCGACCGGUCCUUUUUUUCCGUCCUUCAAGCCCUGCCCUUUCCUUCUCUUCUUCCUUAUUCAUUUUAACAUCUUGUGCUGCAUUUGUUAUUACCUUCCCUGCUAGCCAAAAAAGCAAAUGUCGAUUGCCGAGCUCAUUUCUAAACUCAACACUCUUGGCUUCAGCGAGUCCGCAUUCGAGCAUGCAGCGGUCGACACGGUAGACCAGUGGGCCGAAGCCCUGGCGACCGUCUCGGGCGUGCCCAGCGACUACGUCCUGACCAAGACGCUGAUCUUCAAGCCCAAGCAGCCCAAGAGUGCGCCGAUUGCGCCCGUUGUCGUCAUCGCCAAGGGCGACUCCGGCACCAACUCGACGCUGCUGGGCAAGGAGCUUGGACUCAAGGACCUGCGGUUCGCCAACGACGAUGUGCUGACCAACAUUUUCAAGACGUCGAAGGGCUCCGUUUCGCCCUUUGCCCUGGGCAACGUGCCGGCUGAGAACGUCGAGCACAUCAAGGUCGUCGUCGACCAGGCUCUGCUGGCGGACGGAGUCGGCAAGAUUGCCUUCCACCCGCUGGACAGCACCCGCACUGUGUUCAUUGCCCCAGCAACUCUGACGUCGUUCCUCGAGUCGGUCCCUGGUCUGGCCGCAUUCCGCCCGAUCGAUUUUGAGAAGCUUGCUGCUGCGGCCCCUGCGCCGAAGCCGGCUGCGGCCGAGAAGAAGCCCAAGAAGGCUGCAAAGAAGGAGGUCGCUGAGGUCGUGGGCUCGGCCAAGCUCGGUAUCGAGGUCACCAAGGAGGGCGACUUCGCCAAGUGGUACCAGCAGGUGGUCACCCGCUCCGAGAUGCUCGACUACUACGACGUGUCGGGCUGCUACAUCGUGCGCCCGCUGGCGUACUUUGUGUGGCAGCAGAUCCAGGAGUUCUUUGACGGCGGGAUCCGCAACCUGGGUGUCAAGAACUGCUACUUCCCGAUGUUUGUGUCGUCGCGUGUGCUGGAGCGCGAGAAGGACCACAUUGAGGGCUUUGCGCCCGAGGUCGCCUGGGUGACGCGCGCCGGCUCGUCGGAUCUGGCCGAGCCGCUGGCUAUCCGCCCCACCUCCGAGACCGUCAUGUACCCGUACUUUGCCAAGUGGAUUCAGUCGUACCGCGAUUUGCCGCUCAAGAUCAACCAGUGGUGCUCGGUGGUGCGCUGGGAGUUCAAGAACCCGCAGCCGUUCCUGCGCACGCGCGAGUUCCUGUGGCAGGAGGGCCACUGCGCCCACCUGACCAAGGAUGAGGCCAUGGUGGAGGUGCGCGAUAUCCUCGAGCUCUACCGCCGCAUCUACGAGGAGCUGCUUGCCGUGCCCGUCAUCGAGGGAGUCAAGUCCGAGAAGGAGAAGUUUGCUGGCGGCGUGGCCACCACCACCGUCGAGGGCUUCAUUCCGACCACGGGCCGCGGUAUUCAGGGCGGCACGUCGCACUACCUGGGCCAGAACUUCUCCAAGAUGUUCAACGUCGUCGUCGAGGACCCCGAGGCCACCGGCGCCGAGCGCCCGAAGCUGUUUGUCCACCAGACGUCGUGGGGUCUGUCCACGCGCACCAUCGGCGUCAUGGUCAUGGUCCAUGGUGACGACAAGGGCCUGGUUCUGCCGCCCCGCGUCGCCGAGACCCAGAUCGUCAUUGUCCCCUGCGGCAUCACCGUUAAGCACACCGACGAGGAGCGGCGCAAGCUGUACGACGCCUGCCUGGACGUCGCCCACCAGCUCAAGCAGCUCGGCCUGCGCGUCGAGACCGACCUGCGCGACAACUACACGCCUGGCUUCAAGUUCAGCCACUGGGAGCUGCGCGGCGUGCCGCUGCGUCUCGAGAUCGGCCCCAAGGACCUGGAGAAGCAGUCGGUGCUGACUGUCCGCCGCGACACCUUCGCCAAGCAGCCCGUGUCCCGCAGCGACAUCGAGACCGCCAUUCCGGCGCUGCUCGAGACCAUCCAGAAGGAUAUGCUGGUCAAGGCGCGCAAGACCAUGGACGAGCGUGUCAAGAUUGUGCUGGACUGGGAGAACUUUGUGCCGACCCUGAACGACAAGUGCCUGACGCUCAUCCCGUGGUGCGAGCGCGAGGAGUGCGAGGAGCAGAUCAAGGAGCGGAGCUCGCGCGACUCCCUCGGCGACGAGCCCGAGGACGACAAGGCGCCGUCCAUGGGCGCCAAGUCGCUGUGUCUGCCGUACAACCAGCCGGCCGAGCCCCCCAUCGUCCCGGGCCAGACCAAGUGCAUCCAGUGCGGCCACGAGGCCAAGCGCUAUGCUCUGUUCGGACGCUCUUACUAGACAAUCUCCCCCGUAGCUGAUUCAGUGCAC